AUGCAUGACCCAUUCGAAGUGAGAAUGCAAUUCCUUGGGCUCAUUCGCAAGCUGAACGCCUCACAACAAUCGAUACAAAAAGUCGUUGGAUUUGCGUUGAAGUACUUUUCGAGAUGCGGGGAGGAUUUGUGGGAGUGCAUUAUUGAAGAGUGUCAGAAGGGCUCCAUCAAUCACCGCAUAAAUAUUCUUUACUUUCUUGACUCCCUGUGCGAAACAUCGCUGCUAGCGAAGGCGCAUCAACUCCCAGAACAGUCAUCUUCAUCAAGCAAACAGGUCAACAACGCAUUGUAUGUUGACUACGUCUCGCGGGAUCUGACGCAGAUCGUGGAAUGCGUCGUACCCGUGGGCAGGCAAGGGCUACCUAAUCUACACCAAAUCCUAGAAAACUGGCGCACAAAACGAAUAAUAGAGCCACAAAAAGUGGACGAAGUCCUCUCGCUGCUCUCUUCCAGAGACUCGGCACCAGAUACGACCUCGACAUCCGCUGUACCUUCAACAGCAAAAUCUGAGCCACAUCUCUCUCGCGGCGAAAUAUUCAAGCGUAUCGAAGAGGACCGAGAGCGACAUAAACGCCUUCGAGAACGGCGGUGGGUUCAGGCGCAGCCUCACUCUGGCCUUGCAGUUCCUUCUUACUCGACGUUCACGCUUGCGAGUUUCUUACCGCUUAGCGACGCAGAAAACGCCGAGUUAGCGCUGGAUAUAGAGUUCGAGAAUGAGUGGGAGGCAACGAGCGAUUGGAAUGAGGACGACGUGGAAGCUACUGCGGAGGAGAGGGAACUUUGUCAUCCGCAUUUGAAGCGGAAGGGAUUUACGAAUGACGAAGACGAAGGAGAGCAGGAGAUGGACAUAGAUCAAUCAUGA